UGACAGAACACUAUAAAAUCAGAUCGUCCAUGCAUUAUAAUUGCAUGGCAUGCAAAAACAUUUACAUGAUGAAGAGUAGUGGUGAGUUAGUUUUGUUGGUGUUUGUGGCUUUCUUACGGGUUUGCACACAAACGUCGUCGUGCCGAGAGCAAGAGCCCCUGGUGCCAUGCUUCUUCAUAUUUGGGGACUCAUUGGUAGAUAACGGGAACAACAACGGGAUACUACUCACCCUUGCUAAGUCCAACUACUACCCUUAUGGAAUUGAUUUUCCUCAGGGCGCCACCGGCCGCUUCACCAAUGGUCGUACUUACGUCGAUGCUUUAGCACUACUUCUAGGGUUUCCAAAUUAUAUUCCUACCUAUUCAAGGGUCCAAGGUCACGCCAUUCUCAGGGGAGCCAAUUAUGCAUCGGGAGCAGCUGGUAUUCGAGAUGAAACAGGCAACAAUUUGGGGGAUCACAUAUCAAUGAACCAGCAAGUUGCCAACUUUGGAAGAACAGUUCAACAGAUAAGUAGGUACUUCAGAGGAGAUAACAAUGCAGUUGGGGGGUACCUUAGCAAAUGCAUAUUUUUUUCAGGAAUGGGAAGUAAUGACUAUCUAAACAAUUACUUCAUGCCUGGCUUCUAUUCAACUGGUUCAGAUUACACCCCUAUGGCAUUUGCUACUGUACUACUUCAAGAUUAUUCUCGCCAGCUCACAGAAUUGUACAAUUUGGGAGCUCGGAAGGUAGUCGUAACAGGAGUAGGCCAAAUUGGGUGCAUACCAUAUGAAUUGGCCCGUAAUAACAAUAAUAACAGUAAUAACAACAAAUGUAACGAUGAUAUCAACAAUGCCAUCGUUCUCUUCAACUCAGGGCUUCGAAAGUUGGUUGAUCGUUUCAACAACGGACAAUUGCCUGGAUCCAAGUUCGUUUAUCUUGAUUCUUUCCAAAGCACCAAAGACCUAGUCCGAAAUGCACCUUCCUAUGGAUUUGAGGUGGUAAACAAGGGAUGUUGUGGGGUGGGAAGGAACAAUGGGCAAAUAACAUGUCUCCCUCUUCAACAACCCUGUGAUGACCGAUCCAAGUACUUGUUUUGGGAUGCUUUUCAUCCCACAGAGGCUGCAAACAUCAUACUCGCCAAGAAGUCUUUUACUUCCAAGUCUCGAUCUGAUGCAUAUCCGAUAAACAUUCAACAAUUGGCAAUGCUUCCUGUAACAGUACAUUCCAAUUUAACAGCAAUUUCGAACUAAUUUCCAAUCGAGUAUUGUUUUUCUCUACGACACUUAAUUGUCCUCGUUUCUUGAA